AUGUUAGACAGAGACACUUUCUGUGCUACUGUUGCAAAGACAAGGAAACUCAUUGCUUCUUCCUAUGGAUGGUACUACUGGUGCUGCCAUGCAUGCACCAAAGCUGCACGUGGUGAUAAACCUCCAUACGAAUGUGAUAAUCACCAUUUGACUGAGACGGAAAUAUAUAAGUAUAAGAUUGAAGUUGAAGGAUUCCAUCUCGACACGUCCUGCAAAUUUAUUUUUUGGGACAGGGAAUGCCAACAAAUCUUAGGUAUUUCAGCUGCUCAAAUGCGUGACACAAUGAUACAGGCUGGUAUUACAGAUCCUUUGGAUUUUCCCUUAAAGCUUGAUGCCAUGUUGGACUUGGAUCUGGCUUUAAGAGUUAGAUGGCAGCCCAGCUGGGACAGCUGCUCUAUUAUUAUGUUUAUAGAUGACAAAUCGUUUGUUAAACAAUUCGGUGCUCCUUGGGAGCCUAGGCAGGCUAACGUCGCGGUUUCUGAACCAUCUGGUACUGAACCCUCCGGCACAAAGCUGGCAGUCCAGAUAAAAGAGAGCGUUGAUGAAGCUAACACUGCUGCUGCCGAUGAUUGUGACGUUCUUACGGAUCUAGAGAUAACCUCCAAACAUAACCACGAUCCGCAAACACCCACCGCAAAAACCAUGAUGGCUCAAGCGAAUCGACGACCGUGUGUGAUGGGGAACUUUCUUCGACAAAACUUAAAAAGAUCAUCAAGUUGGAGAAAUAAAAUGUAGUUGUACUCCUGUUAUGAAACAUCGUUUUGUAUUGGCAUGUACUUUUUUGAUACUGUGUCGCGUGCCGCUAUAUGCAAGUCCUAUUUCAUAUAACUAUCCUACUGGAUAUUUCAUUAGAUUU